AGGCUGCAGAAUUUCUUACAAAUUCGAUCGGAAGUGCUAAAAUCCCUGCACAUAUCAGAACAAAAUAAAAGGGGAAAAAAUCAUAGCAGCAAAACCAUAGGUUCAGGUUCUCACAACUGUCAGCGACUCUGCCAGAUGGAAAGUUGCUAUUCUAUUAUGCCGUUGGUUGUUGCUGAGACUUUGCUGAGUGCGGAUGAACUGAAGAAGGGCGCCAAAUCUGAAUAUUUUAAGGGGAGCCCUCUAUUGCUGCAGAUUUGGCUUGCGGAACGGCUUAGACUUUUGGAAGCUCCUGCCGAUCCUAAACAUUAUCGCCCUAUAGCUUUGGGUAACCGAAAAUACUUGCACCAAGGCCAGGACGAGGCCGAAUGGACCUCCUUUUUUACUUAUGGCAUUUGUUCUAUUAAGUGGGUGGUACCAUGGUGGGGUUUGACUACCAUGACAGGGGGGUCUGAUGUAUCGGUUUAUGUUUCUUUGUUGGGGCUAUCUCGUCCCAUUUAUAUUUUCCUUUACCGAGUCAUGCGUCAAUAUGGUUUAAGGCAGACUAUCCCCUUUUCUGAUACGGUACCACCUAAGGUAGCGGCUUUUGCACAAACACGGGUCCUAGCGUGGGCCAAGUAUUAUGAUGGCUUCCCGUGUUGGGCCGUAGCUACAAAUGGCUUUGUGGGUCUUUCUGAAAACUACAAGUUGUGGAUGAGCUCCGAUGACAAAUAUGUGAGGACCGAGGCUCGAAAUGGGGAGCCGGCUGAGCUUUUGAUACCUCGUAUUCGUGUUAAGUAUGAGGGUCCUGAUUCUGCCAGACCUCGUACCUAUAGUUUUAAGACUGUGAAAGCUCGUCAUGAUCGAAAGCGAAAGGAAGUUCCUCCUCGUUCCAGUUUCAGGCCUAAAAAGAUGCCUAACAUGAAGGGGCCUGCUGUUGUUAAAAGAAAUGCAAGCUUUCGCGGAGAUCGUCGCCGGAACAAUGUAUGGGUUAGAAAGGCUCAGCCGCCUAUAGAAACAGUGGCUAGUCUAGUUGAUGAUAAUAACCCUUCUCCCACCAUUACCUGUGCCUUCGAGGCUGCGCGGGCUAUAAUUGAGAAUGUUUCUGAAGCCUUGACAUCUUUGGAAGUUAGUGUCCAGGAGCCGGUUCUUAUGGAGAUUGAUAUUGGGGCAGCGCAGAAGACUAUGGGGGUGGAUCCUGCGAACAUUGCUCUCUACAAGACUUUAUUUGAUGAUCCGGAAGAACUAGAGUAGUGUAGUUCUUUGCUAGGGUGUAGGUGCCCUUUAUUUAUUUCAGUUGUGUUUGUUUUUUAUUCCUAGCACUUUGUUUUCCUUCUUAUUAUAUUUUAAUAAAGGCGUAUUUUUAGUUUUUAUUUA